CAGACCCUCAACACUGAGGAGAAGCUAUCGAUUCAAAAGUCUUAUUACACUUUCCUAUCGAUUCUCGUCACCAAUAAUAUUAUGGAUCCCUUCCUUGUUAUCGAAGUGCCACUAAUGGAACAGAUAUUGAUUACGGUAUUCCAGGGGUCAGUCGACUUUCCCGAUGCUGUCACACAAAGAAUUUGUUUCCAAAUAUUACGCAAAUUUGUAGAGUUUUUCGGAAACUCGAGCCAAUUGGCAGCCAAUGAGAGCGAAGGAAAGGGAGCCGAGAAGGAGGUGAAGAGUAUUGGGAGUCAUGAGUUCGUCCAAUUCAUAUACAAGUCUAUAAUCCCCGCCUGUUUUGUGGCCCCCAUUCGUCACAACGAAGACUCGCAAUUAGUCAAUGAGUGUAUUAUAUGUCUUAAGACAAUUCAGUCAACGCGAGGCACUCAAGAGUUGUCGACAUACCUGUCCUCUCAGUUCUUUCCCCAACAUUUCCCCAAUUACUGCAAUUCUGCGCAAUUGAUUCAGACAUUGAUUGACAACGACUUGAAAGCAACUAAACGGGCGCUUAAAAUAUUUUGUCAACAAUUCAAACAAAACGAAAUCACAUGAAACGAAAUAUAUGUCUAUUUUUAUAUCAAUUCUACUCUAAUUUAUAUGAAAUUGACUUUAAUAUGAAUUUAUAUAAAUAUGUUAUUAAAUUAUAAAUACAAAAUACAUUAUAUUUAUGUUAUAUUUAAGCUAUUAUUUGUCCGAGAC